AUGGGCACCUCUGUGGCUUUCGAAGUAGAGUCUUCUACUAUUAUGACCCGCUGCCGUUUCCUGGAGGCACCAGUAGUGAUCCUCUUUACCGGUACAUCAGCAGGAUGUUCAUUUGAUGUGGAUGACAAAUGGGAAAAGAAAUGCCAGAAGAUCUUCUCAUUUGCUCAUCAGACCAUCAGUGCUCUAAUCAAAGCUGAACUGGCAGAGCUGCCUCUCCGCCUUUUCCUACAAGGAGCACUGGCUGCGGGAGAGAUUGGCUUUGAGAAUCAUGAAACUGUGGCCUAUGAGUUCAUGUCCCAGGCCUUCUCUCUAUAUGAAGAUGAAAUUAGUGAUUCAAAAGCACAGCUGGCUGCAAUCACCUUGAUAAUUGGGACAUUUGAGAGGAUGAAGUGCUUCAGUGAGGAGAACCAUGAGCCUUUGAGGACUCAGUGUGCACUGGCAGCCUCUAAACUCCUUAAGAAGCCAGACCAGUGCCGGGCUGUGAGCACUUGUGCCCAUCUGUUUUGGUCUGGCCGAAAUACUGACAAGAAUGGAGAGGAGCUUCAUGGAGGAAAAAGAGUGAUGGAAUGCCUAAAGAAGGCUCUGAAGAUAGCAAAUCAGUGCAUGGACCCCUCUCUGCAAGUCCAGCUUUUCAUAGAAAUUCUGAACAGAUACAUCUACUUUUAUGAAAAGGAAAAUGAGGCGGUGACAAUUCAGGUUUUGAAUCAGCUGAUACAGAAGAUAAGAGAAGAUCUCCCAAACCUUGAGUCUACUGAAGAAACAGAACAAAUUAACAAACACUUUCACAAUACACUGGAGCACUUGCGUCUGAGGAGGGAAUCGCCAGAAUCCGAGGGGCCAAUUUAUGAAGGUCUUGUUCUUUAGGAGGAUACACACUGUACUUACUACUUUUAAUUUACGUACC